AUGGAAACAUCAACCUACAUCCUUCUGGCGCUCAUCGCCAUUUUCUUCGUCUUACCGGCCCUCCUCAAAGACAACUCGCCCAUCCCGGAGACGUCGGGCAACGUGCACAAGAUCACCAAGGCGGCCGAGUUCGACGCGCUGCUCAAGUCGACCAGCAACGUGGUGGUCGACUUCUACGCGGACUGGUGCCCUCCCUGCCGCUCGAUCGCGCCCAUCUUCUCCAAGCUGGCGGACAAGCACGCGCUCAAGGGCCACCUCGCCUUCGCCAAGGUCAACGUUGACCACGUCAACGACAUCGCCGGCCGCUACGGCGUGUCCGCGAUGCCGACGUUUGUGUUCUUCGAGGGGACCAAGCCCACGCCCGUGCAGGUCAAGCUGGCCAAGUCUAGCCCCUCUGCGGUGAUGGUAGAUGGGGGUGUUGAGAGGAUCCGGGGCGCUGACCCGAUGACGCUUACGGCUGUGACGCUGGCUCUGUAUGACAAGGUUAAGGGUGCUGCUGGUAUUACCGAUGCCGCUGCUGGUGAUGAGAAAGCGGCCGAGUCCUAG